CAUUUUCAAACAGAAGGAAAUUUAUACAACUUUGGUGAGAGACUGGGUACUAAAACCAGCUCGUUCAAUAUGGCGGUCGACUUCGUUCGCUUGACGUUAUAAGUAUGAAGAACUUGCCAAAGAAAAACGUGCCCUAACAGAAUAUAUCUUUGUUCGAUUUUGUGCAUAAAUCUUUGUAUUAAUAAGAACUCACAAAUGGACCCUGAAGUUGCAAAACGCCUGCACGCAGAGGGAGCAACUUUGAUAGUUUUGGAUGUUCCCGAAGGAACAGAAUUUGGCAUUGAUUAUUUCUCGUGGAACGUUGGUCCACGGUUUAAAGGAGUGAAGAUGAUACCUCCUGGACUCCAUUUUAUUUAUUACAGUGCUGUUAACAGAACAGGGCAAACUUCUCCCAGGACUGGUCUGUUUUUGUACACUAGCCGACGAGAUAUCAUGGUGCUAAAAUGGAGCACUGCUACUGAGGACUUAAUGGAGAAAGCAACUAAUGAAGAAGAAAUCGGCAGAUAUCGCCAAGGUAUCUUACGUUUUUGUGUUGGAUAUACAUAAAGGGUUUUGGAAAUUCUUUCGUUUCUUGGAAAAGAGACAAGAAUUGCCAAAACCUUCAUAAAAUCAGGGGCACCCAACGUCAAUUUUCGGAAUAUAUCUGAUUGGAAGACGAUUUGAGAUCUAGCAUUUUCGGAACAUUUUUUGUAAAAUUUCUUGCUAGCCUGCCCCUCCUAGGAUUUUCGAACAUCUAAAAAAUGGUAUAAUUGCCCACUUUUAACGGAUUUUUAUCCUAAAAAGGUCACCUAGAAUUUUCGGGAGCCUUUUUUUCUGGCUGAAAUUUUCGAAAAGGUAAGUUUUGAUCCCUAUAGUUUUCGGUUCACUAGACUUUCAACUAGGAAAUCCGAACAGAUAAAAAAUAUUUAGGGGAUAAAAGUAUGCCUAUAUCUACAAUUUUAAAUACUGAAAUACGUUUACAAUGUUAUAUUUAAGUAGUUUUGAACUAUAUAAAUUUUUGUUGGGUGCCCCUGAUAAAAUGGAGGAGGCCAAAUCCAAACAAUACUCAGCCUAGCCUCUGAUGAACAAAUACCGGUACAUGCCCAUUAGACUGUCAUUAUGGUGGUGUUUGACGUAAACAAACUGGAGACUACAGACCACAGAUGGCGGCCAUGUUGGUGUCCCAAAACAAUGAAACGGCCGCCAUGUUGGUGUCCCAAACCAGUCCUGUGGGAGUUGAACUCUUCUUAUGCAAACGCUACCUUUUGUUUCAAUAAAUUUGCAUAGAUGCUGGCCACGUGAGUGAAAACACUCUAUAGAUUGCAGACUGUUAAAAGGCAUUUGCAAGAUGGCUUCAUUUUUAACUACUACAACCAGAAUCCUUUUGGUUUUUCCUUUGAAUUCAUAUUUGAAUUAGGUUGAAUAAGUUAAAUAACAAAAGCUCAAGAAAGCAAAACCCUGACAGAUUCUGGAUGUAGUAGUAAAAUGACAUUGUGCAAAUGGCCAAUUGAAUGUCAAGACUGAACAUUGACUGAUGCCAAAAUAUCGUUAUAAAGGUGAUGUCAUCUAUAGUAUCAUCUCAUUCCCAGGCUUCUAAGAAACUGAGAAAGUAGUCUGGGAGCAAGAUUGAUAUUUUCCACCCCAAAUUACAUUGGCUGCAUUCCCAAAAUGCUUUUGGCUGUUCUUCAUUGACUUGUAUUGAGAGAGAUGAGUAGCACAGUCUACACAUAUGUUGUUCACCUGUGAAUUCAUAGCAACAGGAAACAUUAACAGGAGCCUUGUUCCUAAUGAUUCGACUGUUUCAUCUUUCACUGUUAAGUAGUAGUAUAAGAUUCUAUGUAUGAUUACCCUGUGUGGCAGGCAUUAAAAGGGGAAGGGGAAUUUGGGCGCAUGAGAGCGGGUGGGGCGUGCAAGGGAGAAAGGAAAGGGCGCCCUAAUUCCCUUCCCCUUCCCUUUCGAACGCCUGCCACGCAGGCUAAUUAAUGUAUGAUUUGUUUAUUUGUUUUAGGUAAUUGUGUUUUGACAUUUAUCUUCCCUUAAUACUCCCAAGAUGUUUGAGGAAAUAUUUUCAUUAUUUGAAAUGUGUCAUAAGAGUAUCCUUGAUCUGUCAGAGUUGUUUCCUGCAACAGACAGGAUAACCAACUAGACAAUAAUUUAUUAUAGGUCAGUCCACUGUGUAUGUACAAUAUCAAACUAGCUGGCAAUUUGUCAUUAUCUGUUAACAACAAUAACCUAACCUAUGAAAAAAGAACAAACAAUUCUCCUUGGAUAUCUGAAGCCAUCACAAGUGUUGGUAUGAGUUGAUUCUGAGCACAGCGAGGUGCCUUCGUGAGGUGUAUGAAUUUGUUGUACGCACGCAUGAGUUGAUUGCACAGCGAGGCAGAAAUUCGAGUUGUGAAUAUUUCUAUAGAUCUCUUGGCUGUCCGCAGUUGGCGUCAUCCAGUUGUGACGUCAGGGUACAUUUUAGGGUUGCCAGGCAAUGCUACUUCAAGUGCAAAUGCAAAUGUUGUGGAACACUAUCAUGUUUUAUUCAAAAAUGUGUUUACGUCAGCUUUUUACUGUGAAAACCUUGCUUUUCCCAAAAUCUGUGUACACCUUUGAAUUCAUGUUACACUGAGGCAAACCAACAAUGAAUUAGUUCUUUCCCCGCUGAUCGAUGUGAUCAAAGACUGGUUCCAUCCGCCGUCGAACCCCAGAGUGAAUUAAGACCAAAAUAAUGCAAAUUAAAUGGCUUUGAAAUACGCUUUUAAGCUAAUUUUCCUCGAAUGUAUCUUUGAAUUCAUGUUAAAUACAGCUCCACCAACUUCAAACAGCGUUCAUGGCAGAGAAAAAUGCUUUAAGUGUAAUAAUUUUAACCUCCUCGUUGUUCAGUCGCUGCGUGGACGUGGCACAGUGGUCAAGGGUCAAUCCUCCCUUCUAGCAGAUUUGGAGGUUGCAAUUUCAAAUUCCGGCUAAGUCAUUAUUUUUAAACUUUGUACAUUUUUUUCUUUUUGUUUUUUGAUCAUUUUUUCCCUUUCGCUUGUUUCCCUUUAUUCUCACUGCUGAUCCUUUAAAGCUUCACAAGGAUUUUGCUAUAACGUAUUUCUAGUAUAGGUUGGUGAAGAUAAGCCAGCAGCAUUUUGUGGACAAUGCCGUGGAAGUUUGCCCAAGAAAUAUUAACGUUCUAAAGCUAUACUUUCUUACAUUUUCAUAGAUGCCUGGAAAUGAGAUGAUAUUGCUGAUGAUAUCACCUUCAUUACAGUAUUUUUGGUGUCACUCAAUUUUCAAUUUACAGUCAACAAUCUGCCUCCUGCAAUUGUCAAACACUGACUCAAGGGUGUAUUCUCCAAAUGGUUUCUCCACAGUUAAAGUGACAGGGAUGAUCAUAAGGGGGGAAAAUCAAAACCCAAAAAUAUCUGCAGGGCUUCUAACGAAACCCCCCAAAAAUCCAUGGACCCAAAAUUCCUAUUCUGAAUUUCCAAUCCUAAAAAAAAUUUUCCUGAAAGAUCAUAUAACAUAGGAAAUAAAUGGAAAUUGAAUUUAUAGACUUUUAGCAUCUACGGCUGGCAUAUGCAGGAUUAGUACUAAAGUCAUGUACACCACUUUUCAGAUUGUUGUGAUAUGGGUUUUUUUAGUUACUAAAUGGUUCUUUUAUAAAUGACUCUUACUUUCACGGACGGUAUAUCUCACACCGAUGAAUCGUACCCAAGAUGACAUUGUAGUCACAAAAAAGCUGACGACGAGUAAUCGGGUGUAGACAACUUGAACUCAAUUAUCACAAACUACAAAAAACAAUGUUUUUUCUCACAAGAGCAAUUCUUGUUUCUUGUCUGUCAUUAAACUUUUAAGGGUACCCAUUUAUCCUCUUGCAUGCAUAGGCUAUAAAAGCUGACAGUUUCCUCCCAGUACAAUAGGAAUCUAUCUCUUUCAAUGCACCUAGAAAUUGAAAGCUGGCGACCAGAAUUUCAAGGCUAGUCGUCAGUAGGUGACCAAAAAUUGGAUAAUCUUCUGUUUUUGUUCAAACUUGACUUACCUUUUCUCCCUCUAACUUCACACAACAGUUAUUUGUGUUGUCACGUUCAGAACUGAUGUGUGGCUGCAUUUUUGUGGCCACCAUAUUGUUUACAGCAGUUAUCUCUAACUUGCAUUACCUUGGGCACAUACAGGUGUUUAAACACGGGUGCUUUCUUCUUUACAUGAAUAUUAAUUUUAUUAACGUCACUUUUCCCAGUGCUUUUUAAACUGCCAAAAGUUAGUUAAGUCAGUUACUGGACGACAAAGAAGAGACCAAAGAGUUUGUAUUUUCUAAGGACACAGACAGUGUGGGUUUUGAAGGUAAAAGAAAAUGAUCUUAAUUGCUAAGGGAAAAGAUUAAUCAUGGAAGUAACAUUGCAGCUUGACGUUACCCUCUGCUGUGCUUGGCAGAAUUUGACUUGUGUUCCCAUCGCUGUUGUGGAAGAAAAGAAAAUUUUGAAAUAAAAAAUGAAUUAAGGGGACCAAAAAUGGCCAGAUGGCGGCUCUAUCAAUUUUGGACUCUGUCUUUGGGAGUAUCAAUUCUAAGUUCUAAGUUCUGUUAAUUUAGAUUAUUUACUUUCUCAUACAAUAAUAAUUAUUAUUUAGGUCUGCAAGACAUGGACAGAUUUCUUGGUCCUUACCCACAUGAGAACUUAAAGAAGUGGGUGUCACUAACCAAUCACAUAACUAAAGAGUUGCUGGAGAGAAUUCAGCCCAGAUGCAAGAAGAUUUCAUCUGUCACUGAACUACCUCAAGAACCUCAGCAUACAAGAAACACUGGUUCUCCAUCUAAAGAUGCAAUUUUGUCACUUCAGCGAGACCCAGAAACUGUGAUUAGAUUCACAGAAUUUCCCAUACAGAAUUACCCAGAGGGAGCAACACCCAUGGAAAUCAGCAAGUACAGUAUAGACAGCAGUCAUGCUCUUGGUUGCUUAUUUAAGAGCAUGAAAGGUUAGUUUUCAAAAAUUUUCACAAAAACAAAUCAAAAACAAGUUUCCAUUGUCUGCACUCUUUAUAUCGGCCAUUAAGAAAUGACAUCAGAAUAAUCAAAACUCAAUUGGAGCCAAGAGCCAUAGGCAAGUGGUCACACUGCAAAGUUUCAAACAUUUUGACGUCAUUCCUAUGAUCGAUAAGAGUACAGACAAUGAAAAAUUUCGUUGUUGAUUUUUUUUACAUAAUGUUGAUUGUUCUUGAAGUUAAUUUCCGCUGACAUUUCUCAUCAGAAAGCCACGCAUGAGAGGAAAGUGAAAACAAAUUGAGCCAUUGUCAUGCCAUUUCCAAGGUCUGUGCUGGUUCUUAUCAACCAUAGCUCUUGACCAAUCAGCACACAAAAAAUCACUCAGUUGUUGCAAAAAAGGUGUCGGGAAGCGUUUGUUUUGGCCAAUUCAGUGCACUAGUUGGGUGGUCUGCACCUUUGAUGUCAAUUGUAUUUAACUGAUUUUAGAAAUGGCGAUUGUCCUGAAUUGUUAAGGGCUGCUUUAACUCAGAGUGUAGAAGUCAUUAUCUAACUGUGAUAGUUUGAGUAACUGGUAGCUUUCAGCUGUGAUGGGAGUGGCCAGAACAGGGUCACAAAACAGGGCAGGUUGGACUAAUUGCAACCUUUAUAAAUCCUUAUAGUGCGGACAGAAUAAUGAUGAUGAUGACUUGUGCCAUGAUAAUGAAUGCCAAGAAUGUGUCAUGAUGAAAUAUCUAGUUUGACCUUGAAUUCCUGUUUUUGAAGAAAUGGUCCACUCCCACCCCACUGCAAAUAUUAAGGGCUUGAGGGAAGAAUAAAAGAUUUUAAUCUAAUCUCCACUUUGAAAAGUUAUGGCUUUGUGAGACUGGCAAGGACACUUUGCCUUCUUUCUGUAAGUUUUACAGGAAGUUUCAGUCACAUUUGUAAGCUAAAAGUAUUUAACAUAAAUUUAGUAAAACUUUGUAGAGGUUAUACUCUGUGGCUUAUGCUUUGUAGCUUAAAUAUGAUCAAGUGAAAACAAGAUAGUCUGAGUUGCAAGACGUAGAAGUGGGAGAUUAUUGGUUUAGUUCUUUGGCUUCUGCCUGAGUGAACCUGACAAUCCAGCUAGUUUUGACCACAUCAUAAGAGACAGAGACAGCAGAGUCAGAAAAAAAAUUAAAUAAUUAUUAUAUGGGAACAUUCUUGUUCUGGUCACUCCAAUCCUUUCUAUCAUUCUUAUGACUUGGCUUGCAGCUCCAGUUUCUUGUUUUCACUUAAUUUUAAACUCUUAAUGUUCUUACAACUCCACUGCUUACUUUGUUGCCAACAAAAUAAACCAGCUUUAAAAGUAAGACAAACAUUUUUUUCUUGAAGACAGGAAGGAAAUUCUGGGUGAGCUCCAGUUUGCCUUUGUGUGCUUCCUUGUUGGUCAAGGUAAGUGCCUCAAUCUUUAGUUUGCUAUCCAUUAGGCAACUUAGUUGAAAGGAAAACAUAUUAUUUUAUUUAGCACAAAAGGCAUUCCAUUAAACUGCCAUUAAUAAUGUUUUUGUUUUUUUUAUGAAAGAACAUAUUUCUACAAUGUAGAGAAAGUCAUCACUGUUGUUGAACAUUCCAAAAAAAUUGUUAGACAUACAUAUAAUUUAUAUCACUUUGCAAAUAUCCAGCCACAAGUAAGUUGAUAGUCUUGAUUAUUUGAUUUGUCUGGCUAUCAUUUCCAACUGCAGGAAGAUUUCCUAGGGUGGGGGAGGUAACUCCUAUAUAAAAGUGACAGGGAAUGCUCGUCAUCUUGCUUUGUAGUGUAAAUUGCAGAUUUUUGUCUCAUUUAGGGUGUUUUGGGAUGGAAAGUCACCAUAUUUGCCCAUUCAGGUAUCGCUUACAGUACUGUGCAUAAAGAAAUUUACAAAAAAUGCCCUGACACUGACUACAUGGAAAUCUCCCUUAGGGGUCAGUUUAAGCUUGAGCCACACCCACAUUGGUCUCCCUUAGGGGUUUAAUUUGAAUUUUCCACCGAGCAUCCCCGUCACUUUUAUAUUCGGAGCCGGGGAGCCGGGGGGGCAGGGAGCAUUGCAUGACUCUGGUCAGACUGGUUAUGAAGGAGACUACUUGAAUCGUGGCAAAUGAAGAAAGAAAGAUAUAAAGUUUAUGUCUCAUUUCUCUAGUGUAUGAUGCAUUUGAGCACUGGAAGAAACUUCUUAAUAUGCUGUGCAGUUGUGAUGAAGCAUUGCCAAUGUAUACUGACAUAUUUGAUGCUCUCAUAGGUAAGUGCUGAUAGUGAGAUUACAAGAACUGAUUGACAGCCUCCACUUUUUUGUUCCAUCAGAAACCUUGUUUGAAAGAACAGAAGAGAAGAUGGGGUGCUCUUUAAUGUAUUGUAAAAAGCUUUCGUACUUGAUCCUGUGGGGGAGAGUUCUGCCAUAUAUGGGGUAUAUAGGUGUGUGCCGCUGUAAAGGCUUAGGGUAUGGUUUUCAAGCAGUUUACUCUGGGAUUGGGUAUACAAAUCAGAGAGUUUGGGUCCAGAAUAGAGUAUCAUUUUCUAGGAAACUGAUCAAUUGGUUGAAGAUUUUAGUCUAGACUAGGAAAACCGUAAAGUCAAAUUGUCAAGUUUAAGUUUAAAAAAAGCUACUCUAGGAAAAGGGAUUGGGGGAGUUUAGUCUGGUAUAUAAGGGUAGCAAAAUUCAGCUGAACUAGCUCUGGUAUAGGCUAAGGGUUCCAGGGUCCCACCGGCACAUCCCCACCCAAAACUUCCUAAAGUAUCCCCCCCCCCCUCCCCUGGGUACCUGAUUCACAGCUGUCAUGGGUGUUGUUUCCCAGUACAGUACAACCUCGUCAUAACAAAGGGCUAAGGAACUUCGGUAAAAUACGGUCACUAUAACGAGUUUUUGUUUUAUCGAGGUUGUUUACCAUAUAUUUUACUAUUACUGAGGUGAAGAAUAAUCGUUCGUUAUAUACCAAGGACUUCCAAUAUAUCUCCAAGUAAUAUAGCUACAAGAUGACAUUAAACCGCAACCUCUCCUAACCUGACUCGUUCCCACUGUUAAAGAUUAGGCCUUAAGUCGAGUUCCUAAGGUCUUAGGAAUCACUAACCUUAGGGCAAUCCAGUAUCUGAAAACUGAAAUCGAGAAUCCAAGGCUGUCUUGGAUUACCUUCAAUGCGGCGACUGAUUGGAAACCAGUCGUUUCGAUAUGAACUCAAGCAGUGAAAUUAUACAAAAACUUUGGUCACUUUAAGUAAAGUUUGCAAUUGAACAAGAAAAACAUUUUGGGUGAAUAUCCUUCGUCGAGAUCUGCUUGAAGCGAAGCGCAAGAUAAAAAAUGGCGGCAAACAGCGGCAACCGCACGGCUAUUAUACUCGGUCAAUUUGUCAAAUGUGGACGAUUGUUUCUGGAGUUCAAUUCUUAAGGACUUUAAAAAAAGAGAAAAAGAAAAUUCGUCCUCGUAUGUUCAGGUCCUCCAUCACUGGACGUCAAAGAAAUGUACUAAAAAGCUUGAUACACGUGCAGAGCUGUUGUUUUGCUCAUGAAAUGUAUUGUUUUUUGACGUUGUCGUUGUCGUCGUUUUCGUGGUUGUUCAAUCGCAAGACGUUGACAACGUACUUACCUAUCGGUAGGCAGUAGGGUUACUCUAUCACUAAACCAGCAUUACUUUGCUUUUCCAGGAGUUUUACAUUUUCAACUGAUGGAAAUUCCUAAAGAUUUCUUUGUGGACAUUGUGUCAACAAAUAAUUUUCUCACCACAACUUUACAGGUACAUAAAACGAUAUUUUUGUAAAAAGUUGAUGCCACCCUGUAGCACCAGCUUCAAAAUUGUUCUCCUGUAGAUCUGUUUUGUCUUCCGAAAGUCCUUGGCCCCUUUUUCCUCAUAAAGAUUUUAGUAAAAAUUUCAACCAAAAAAACUCAAUCAAACAAACAAACAAGCUUUUCUAAAAAUUCUAAAAAAAAUAAACGGGUAUAGUCCCGCCCCAAAGGUUUGAUAAUGAAUGGUAAUACUCCUGGGGCAACGCCAUCGGGCUUUGUCCACAGAUUAAGAAGUUAAAGUGGCACAUCAUCUCGCCAUAAGUUGGUCUAGAAAAGAAAGUUUUAACGUUGUUGAUUUUUUGGCAAGACUGAAACUGGAGCUAAAAUGCACACAUCUAGUUUCUUCGCGAGUACUCUUUCUCAAAAUACCACUAUAAUCGUCUUCGCUAGCCUCAUUUGUAAGCCUGAGCGAGUGGUUUUUUAUUAGGGACAUGCUUUACUUAAUUCCAAACCACUGUAAGACUGCAAAACAGUCGGGUUUUUUUCUGAAACUGCCGUCUUUUACGUUUUUGAUGAACUCAUCAUUCCUUUAUUCUUUUAGGUGUUUUUCUCUAACUUGGAAAACUCAACAACAGUUGAGAAAAGGCUUGUUGAAAAGGCGCGCCGAUUUCGAAAACAUAUAACAAAGCGAUUUACCUGGGAUUUUGAAAGCGAACCUGAAGACUGUGCGCCUGUUGUGGUGGAAACCUAAAAGCAUGUACUACCGUAUGGUCAUUGCGAGCUUAUUACACAACAUCAUUUGUGGAUACGUUGUGAACGGCGAUCCUGGUGAUCUCGUGGUGUUAUUGUAGGUACCGCUUUCAGUGCCGAGCAUUUACGGCAGGAAGUACGCUGUUCUUACUUUCAUCUUUGGACAAAAUGUUUUGGUAUAAGAAUGAGCCGCUAGAGCCGUACUUUCCCUUGGUCCUGUUUAUUAUGCUGUACAAUGCGUUUCUAUCUCUCGGAUCUUCUGACAAAGUCGUAUGGCGUGACUAUUAAAAGGAAACCUCUAGA